AUGAUGUGCGAAGCGUACCUCCUGAGAGGCCCGUUCCAACCAACAGGACAUGCUUUCCUUCAAACAGAUUUCAGUGGAGUUCAACGUCGUUUUAAUGAAGAGUGGUUCAAGGAUCACAAGUCUUGGUUGGAGUACAGUACAAAGGAAAAUGCAGCAUUUUGUCUUUGUUGCUAUUUGUUUCAGAAUGGAAGUCUAGGCCAUGGUGGUGGAGAUGUAUUUUCAACAAAGGGGUGGAAAAGUUGGAAUAAUGUAAAGAGAUUGGAUAUUCAUGUUGGGGGUCCUUCAAGUACUCAUAAUCAGAACAUGAAGAGAUGUGAUGAUCUAAUGAACCAGAAGCAAUCCAUUGGAGCUGUCUUACACAAGGGAACAAAGAAAUCCAAUAUAGAGUACCAAACUCGGCUGAUUGCGUCAAUAGAUAUUGCAAGGUUGCUUCUUGUUUUGGGCUUGCCAUUUCGAGGUCAUGAUGAAAGCGAGUCUUCUUUGAGGAAGGGAAAUUUUCUAACUUUUUAUGAGUGGUAUGUUGCACGUUGUCCUGAUGUGGCUGCUGUUGCUUUGAAGAAUGCUCCUCAGAAUUUAAAGUUGGUUUCUUCUACUAUCCAGAAAGAUAUUGUGAAAGCUUGUGCUAUAGAAACAGUGAAAGCAAUCAUAGAAGAUCUGGGAGAUGAAUACUUUGCUAUAUUGGUUGAUGAAUCGCGUGAUGUAUCUCACAAGGAACAAAUGGCUCUUGCUAUAAGAUAUGUUGACAAAAGGGGGUUUUCAGUGGAGCGUGUUAUUGGCCUUUCUCAUGUUACUCAAACAACUUCUCUUGCUCUCCAACAAGCUAUUUAUGCAGUGCUUAAAAAACAUAACCUUAGCCCUUCUCGAAUUCGUGGCCAAGGCUAUGAUGGAGCUAGUAAUAUGCAAGGGCAUUUGAAUGGUUUGAAAACUUUAGUAAUGGAAGAUUCUAGGUCUGCUCAUAGCAUCCAUUGUUUUGCUCAUCAACUUCAGCUCACACUAGUUGCAGUCGCAAAAAACCAUGAAGAUGUGGUAUGGCUUUUUGAGUGGAUGAGUGUUCUUCUCUCCACAGUGGGAAAUUCUUUUAAGAACAGAGAUAUGCUUAGAGAGAAACAAGCAAAAAGAGUCCAGACGGCACUGCAGAAUGGAGAACUGGAAACUGGUAGAGGUUUGAAUCAAGAACUUGGACUUAAACGAGCUGGGGAUACUCGUUGGGGUUCUCAUUUCAGCUCUCUCUUGAAUAUGAUUGUUAUGUUCCCCUCGGUAAUUGAAGUUGUAGAUGAUAAUGCACAAAACGCCAGCAAAGCUCUCGAUAGGAUUAAAGCAAAGGGUGUUCUGGACGCUAUUCAAACAUUUGACUUUGUUUUCAUGAUGCACUUGAUGAAGGUUAUACUUGGGAUUACUAAUGAUCUAAGCGUUGCUUUGCAAAGGAAGGAUCAGGACAUUGUGAAUGCCGUGUCGUAUCUUCACACAAUCAAAAGAAGGCUACAGGAAAUGAGAAACCAAGGUUGGGAAGGUAUGAUUAAAAAGGUUACUGAUUUUUGCAUUGAACAAGAUAUUGAACUUUCUGAUAUGGAUGCUAUGCAUAUUCCCCGAGGAUCGAAAUCAAAGCGUAAGGUUCAGACUGAUGGCAUAUCAAAUAAGAAUUACUACCAAAGUGUGAUGUACGCCAUUAUUGAUAUGUUACGUGUAGAGAUUGAUGACCGCUUUAGUGAAAGCAGCACAACCUUGCUUCUUGGGAUGGCUUCUUUGGAUCCUUCUGAUUUGUUUGCUAAUUUUGACAAAGAAAAAGUGUUAGCAAUGGCUCGUUUGUAUCCAGAUGAUUUUGGGAGUGAAAGCAAGAUUGAAGAUCGUAGUGUCCAACUUGAUAACUUCCUUGAAAAUGUUCGUGAUGAUUCAAGAAUCUCCAAUCUGAAAGGGACGCACGAGGACGAGGCCAUGACGCGCGACGAGCGGCGCCGCACGGUCGAAGAGGCCGUCGCGGGCAGUGGUCAUAAAGGAGCUGAGGGGGCGGCGGCUGGUGGUGCCCAGAGGCGAUCGUGGCGCCGGGAAGAAGCAAUGCUCCCAGGAGGGAGCCCCUUCUGGACGGCGACACUCCCGGAUGAAAAGGCCGACGAAGACGGCGGGCGCAUCCUCCGGCCAGCGGCGCCGGAGGAAGGAGGGUUCAAUGACGAGACGGCGCCACCUCUUGCACGCCAUGGCACAGCGGAAGAGAUCAGCGGCCUCCUUCACGCGGACGAGGAUCUCUAG